GCAAAUCGAAUCUUCAGAGGGGAAAAAGGCGGGAACGAAGAGGGAGAGAGAAAGAAAAAAAAAAGGGCGGGAAAGGUGUUUUUUUCUGGUAAAGGGCUAAUGGCAUCUGCCAUGGGGGCUGUCAGUGCUGAGCUGCUGCAACAAGGCUGUGGGAGCUGUCUGCCCCCGUCCUCGCUCACCGAUGAGGAUCUGGCUGCCUACCCUGGCUUGGCUAACCUUCUUAUGGGUCUCACUAAACAUAUGGACUCCAGCGGGCUCAGUGUCAACUUGGCACAACAAAUGGAGGAGGCACGGAAAGAACUACAGCUACGCAGAGCAAAUUGGCUGAAGUGGGAGGCGAUAUACAGGCUUCUGCAGGAGGCACUAAGGGAAUUGGGAACUGGCCCUGCCCCACAGGACAGAAAAGUCUUGGAGGUCCUGGAGCAGCAGCUUUUGGUAGCUGAGCUGAAACGAAUCCUUUCUCUUAAUCCUUCCCUGCAAGGCACACAGCCAUCUCUCUUGGGUUUGGAAUCCUCACAGGUGCUAGAACUUCUUCCCCCUCGCCAAGAACUGGAACAAAUGCAAAAGCAGCUCCCCACAGAAUUGGAGAAACGUCUUAAAUCCAAAUGCUUUGCUGUGCUUAGUUACUAUCGCCCUGAGAGUGAUGGUGCUGGUGAGACUGCACGGGGAGCGAUGUUUGGGACACUGGCAGAAAGUUUGGCUGUAGAGAAGCAGCGCCUGAAGGAGGCCCAGGUUCGGCACCAAGAGCUUGUGGGAUUGUUGGAACAACAGAAAGCUGCAUAUCCCCAGGUCCUGUUACGCUGCUUAGCCAUACUAAAACGCUUGGCCCGUGAGUAUCGCCUUGGUGCCCAGUCUGAACUUGAUCAGCUGAACACCCAAUACCUGGAGAUGAAGUGCAGUGCCAUGUUCCUCAAGCUACGGCUUGAGGAAUUGAGCAUCCUUCUGGAAACCUAUACGCCUGAAAAAGUGGGCGUCCAUCGGAUGAUGAGGGACAAUUUGAAGGCAACGCUAAAUCAAGAAGAGCAAGACCUAGCCACUUCGCGCAAGAUCCUUUCCAACUAUGAGACGCUGGGCCCUGAAUUCGAGGAAUUAGUGAAGGAGUAUGCCCGGCUGCAAGCCAUAAUUGAGAAUAGGCGGUGGGUGCUUAAAGAGUUCAACAAAAACUGAGAUUUCUGUGGUGUGCAGCUAGACCCUGAAUUGAGUGCUGACUUGUUUUGUACUGACCAGUAACAGCUACUUUAUGCAAUAAAAG